CCCAAAAUAUUCCCGCUUUAAAUUUUAAGUUCCGCGUUACAUACCAUGCCCGGACCUGACGAAUUUAGAACGGCAAUCUUAGCAUAUCUUGUUUCCUUUAUAUCAUGCUUUUCUUCCAUAUCACCCUGUAUGCGCGACGAGCUGUUAGGUACAACCGGUUUAUUUAUUUUGUAAACGAAUCUAAAAUGGCAGACUCAUGUCGAGCAGUUACAGGUGACGAGUUUACCAAAACACGAGACUUAAAAGGAGAAGAAUCAAAAAGUAUACUUCCCGGUGAAGAUAAUGAAAACAGUGCUCAUUCUUUGGAUACAAUAAAGAUGUGUUCUCCAUCAAGUUUUGCAACAAGUUUUAUGCCAAAACAAUCAGAGUCCAACAAAUCCUCAUGUAGCACAAAUCAAUUUAUUUUAAAAAGUUCCUCUCUACUGCGACCUUCACAAUUAAAUGGAAGUAUUGCCAGUUCUACCAGUUCACCAAAACAUAGUUUUCUUCUAAAUCCAAGUAAGUUAAAUCCAUUUGGAAAAGUUCUAUCAGACUCGAAACCCGAAACAGAAAAGGAAUCCGAAUCCCAAACUACACAUACGUUUCUACCUUUAAUACAAAAUGGCAAUAAAUCGGAAGGUUUAAAAGUGACAUCAACAGCUGCCUCGUCGACAUCUUCAAUAACUCAAUCUAGCAAUUUCGUUUUCGGACAAAAUAUUCAAGACCGUGUCGUAUCGGACAAGCAGGCGGACGAUUUAAAAUCAGACUAUGCUGCUAAUAGUAACGGCACAUCAGAUAUGUUGUUUACUUCCGUAUUAAAAGAAAAUUCCAAAUCGGACGCAGGCAUAAUGUCGCAAGGUACGAAAACUUUGAGCGAAUCUGCACGAGAAUAUGAGGAGUCGAGAGCAGUUAAACGAAAAUUUGAAGAAGUUGAAGUAAUCACCGGCGAGGAGGGAGAGAAGAAUAUUAUUCAAAUAACUUGUAAGUUGUUCGCGUUUGAUAAAAGUGCAGGCAGUUGGCAAGAACGUGGUCGUGGUAUUUUGCGAUUAAACGAUCAGGAAACCGCCGAUGGUUCUCAGAGUCGGUUGGUUUUCCGAGUAACUGGAAGUCUUAGAGUGGUGUUAAAUACAAAGAUUUGGGCAGAAAUGACGAUAGAGUUAGCUAGUAAUAAAAGUAUACGCUUUAUGGCUUUUGACACAAGUGGUGAAAUCAAAGUGUUUUUAUUAACGGGUAGUCCUGAUGAUAUCAAGCAACUUUAUAAACUCCUGGAAGUACGUUUGCAAAAAGAAAUCAGUAGGCAGAAAUGUUCCAAAACGAAAACAUCUGAACCAAGCUGUAGUUCUCAAGACGAUCCAUUGAAAAAAUCGGACGAUUUACCUCCCGGGUAUUGAUAAUACUAGAAUAUAACGAUUAAUAAAGUCUCGUCUGUUUGCAAAUUGAAUAGGGUGUCUUGCACUUUUAUACAUCCAUUACUGUGAAUAUUUAAUGUAGUAAUCAAGUGUAAAGACAAGUUACGAAAAUUAAAUUUGCAUCUACGUAUAGUUGGAGAACUUCACCGGAUAUGUAAUUUGGACAUGCAUAUUUCAAUUAUGUUGCGAUAUAAUAUUGUUAGAAUUCUGUUACAUAUUUUAUACCUAAGGCAAUAAAAGAUUAAAAAAUC